AAACCUUUUGGUGAGAGUGGUCAUGGCAGCUCGUCCCUGUAAAGUGUAAAGUUUCUGCAAAGUGAAAAAUCCAUCCGGAUUUAUUUGAUGACAAUGUUUAUAUUUAUACUGAACCGUUUCCUUUUUUAAGAUCCUUUCUAAUUCACUUAUUAAAAAGGUCUUGACACGAUAAAGUAAUUAUAAAUUCGAAUAACUCGUUAACUCAACCGAUUUAUUUAUUAACUUAUUUAUUUCGGAUAUUUUUUUCUUAAUUAUUUAAACGUACAUGAAAAGAUGCUGUCAAGCUUCUACGAGAAAUUUCAGAAUGUUCAAGAUCACAUUUCAUCCAGUUUUAGAGAGUUAACAGUUGGGGAACAACCACCUCCCGAUUCGCCUGAUUUUGGUAAUGAGUACCAAGCUGGGCGUAGACUCCUCGCCAAGUACCAGGACGAUUGGAAAUGGAUCAGGAGCCUUUCUGAAGUUAAUUCCACAAAUGCUAGAGAGCUUAACCAUCAGAUCCAGCGGAUCUACAAGAAAACAGAGGCUACGAAAACGGUAUUCAACCGCCUUGAGAAGGAACUGAGUCGACUCGAUGAGAUGAUCAUCUCGACAGAAUCAGUCGUCAACAACAUCGGACAGCUACGCCUCCAGGCAGAAUCGAUCGAGAAGUCUCUCUUCGCCCUAGAUGACAAGAUUGAGGCGGAAAUGACAGCCAAACGCACCGAAAGAGAAAAGCUUAAACUGUCGUUGUUCAGGCAGCAAAUGCUCUACAACCUUGACCACGUCAGAUCGCAGCUGUCGUCCGAACAUGAUUUAAAAGUCAGGGCCAAAGAGGCCAACGACUUAUUGUUGAAAGAAAAAAUGGACAAAAAGGUUGAAAUUUGAAACUAUUCAACAAUAUAAUGGAAAGUAAUGUCAGUUAUCGUAUCAUAUUCCUCAAAAAUACGACAAAUUAAAGAAUUAUUUUUUAAAGAGAUAUAAAAACCAAAUAGUUGGUAUAGGGGAGAGAAUAUAUUUUUAAAGUUAAUCAUUUAAAAAAUGUUUAUAUUUCCAAUGUCAUAUUUUUAUAAAAUGUAUGGGAAACAAGUAUAUCUAAUUUAUAUAUAGUA